UAUGUGUACUUCUAACAGCAGAGCAAUAUGCAGUAUGCGAAAUCUAUAGAAUCCCAAUGUAUGUGUGGAAACGGCCAAUUGUCCGUUGAUUUUCAUUUUCUCUAAUCAUUAAGGGACAGCUAGCAGACAGCCCUAAUAUCAGCGUCGCUACGCGUCCUUGCGAUCCGGACGGUGGGGUUUCCAUCUAAACGCUUUUACAUGAGCCGCCCUGUGAAUCCACAUUAAAUCUGAUGGGGGGUCUGAAGAAACCACAAGACACGAAGCAUCAGCGCAGCCAGCAAGCGAGAUACUACCGUAACUCCACACCGCUUCUCUGGGGAAGCGCACAUGUGCAACCCGCCGUAACCAUGCGCCGUGUGGGCUUCGCCACCCCGCUGUAGCCGCACCGGAGCGGCACAUGGGCAGGGCGGCACCGCAAGACCUACGGCUGCACCGACCGAACAAUGAGCUCCACUCUCCCGAAAAGUGAAUCUACAACCUCACUGCUGAAACCCUCCGCGGCCACUCGGAGGUCAGCGAGGCGCCCGGAGCACGCUGGAAACGGCCGCCGGAGCCAGAACCGGCCCGGAGCUCCGGAGAGUCGCGGCGUCGCGGAGGAGACGUGUUGGCCGGCCGGGUGCGACGCCAGCGCCCGUAGACCCCUGUGCCACCCGCGGUUAGUCAGUGACGGGGACAGUGGGACGAGGCGAGGAAGUAAGAGCCAGUCUCAGCAUCCGCACGAUCAGUUCGCUCCCACGGACAGCCGGGAAGAGCUGCCGGUCAAGCAGGAUGUUGGUCGGGCAGGGAGAGGACGCAACAAGCGUCCGCAGCGCCAGCAUCGGCAAACUGUCCAGGAGGACCCGCUCCCAGCCUGUCAGCACAGUAUCCCCUCGCCGGCCCUCCCCAAGCGCCCCGGCUCGGCCCUCAGCGGCGCCUCGGAGCCCGCCGUCAGCACGCCAUCUCCCACUUCGUCCUCGCCGCUGCCCGCGUCUUCCAGCCGCUCCUCCGGCCGCUCGGGCAGGUCCAGCGCCGCGUCCUCCACGUCUGAUUCCAGCCUGCACCCGAUACUCAGCUCAGUAUUCGGCCAGGACAGGGAACUCAGACCGGAGGAGAUCGAUGAGCUCCGAGAAGCUUUUAAGGAAUUCGACAAGGACAAAGAUGGCUUCAUUGGCUGCAAAGACCUGGGCAACUGCAUGAGGACCAUGGGCUACAUGCCCACUGAGAUGGAGCUAAUUGAGCUGAGCCAGCAGAUCAACAUGAACCUGGGUGGCCAUGUGGAUUUCGAGGACUUUGUGGAACUGAUGGGGCCCAAACUCUUGGCAGAAACGGCAGAUAUGAUUGGUGUGAAGGAGCUGAGGGAUGCAUUCAGAGAGUUUGACACAAACGGCGAUGGUGAGAUCAGUACUGCUGAGCUCAGGGAGGCCAUGAGGAAGCUGCUGGGACAGCAGGUUGGUCACAGAGAUCUUGAGGACAUCUUGCGGGACAUUGAUCUGAACGGGGAUGGCCACGUAGACUUUGAAGAGUUUGUGCGGAUGAUGUCUCGCUGAUGGGGGCCAUAAAUCAGCGGCAGAAAUCCGUACCAGCAUGGCGUGUGGCCCCCAGCUGUGCCAGAGAAAUGCCAGACCAGCGAUCGCCGACUGCGCUGUCCUACCUGAACAAACUGGAAACUUACAUACUGCCCUCCAGCCUCCAAGCUAUGAUCUGGGGGGACCACAACUCCCAU